GACUGGUUGAGUGAUUGUAGGUUAUUCUUCCCGCCAUUCGGUACUUCUAAUGAACUUGAGAGGUUGUAUGAUUGGAGUGAAAAGUAGAUCGAGUUCACUAUCAAAAAAUGUGGUUUAAUUUCAAGAACCGUUAACAUAAGCCCUUAAAUCAUCCUGAAGCUAUAUUGUGCAUUAAUUAGAUCUUAUCUCUAUCAUGCAGUGCUGAUAUCGUCUCCUUAUCAAAACACGGAUAUUAUCGUGUUAGAGUCUGCGCUAAGGAGAUAACAAUAAAUAUUCAUGGGUUGAAAAAGUUGCCAUAUAAGGAUAGGCUUAAGUGUUUAUAAAAAGGGAGAACAGGCAGUGAGUGAUAGGUGAUGUUAGGUUGACAGGAACUGACUGGCCAAUUGAAAUCUCACCAUACUUCUAAAUUCUUAUUAUUUUUCUGCGUCACGGUGAAGGAUCCUUUGUGAGAAAAACACAAAAAGAUACAAAAAUAAGCACAUUGCAUAUCUAAGAGAAAGACUACUACCAGCAACAAGAGCAGAAGCGGUGGGAGUAACUACAGAAGCAGCGGCAAGAAGCAGGAGCAGGAAGCCGCGCCAGGGGAAGGGCCAGACAGCUCCUCCUACCUGUUAUCUAAUCAGCGCACCUUCCUCUGCCCAACCUGCCGGCGCGCCCACCCCAUCAAAGCCGUGGAGAACCUGCCCGUCAACUACGCUCUCCUGGAGGUGGCGAUGCGGGAGGUUGUCUCCGCCGCGUUCUCCUCCGCGACCUCCAGCAGGCAGCACUCACAGCAGGGUGCCCUCAAGCCUGAGGAGAGCUGUGCCGAGCACGGUUCCCGCCUGGCCUUCUGGUGUGUGAGCUGCGAGGUGGCGGCUUGCGGCGAGUGUCUCUUCGACCAGCAUCCACGGCCCGACCACAAGUUGCUCCGACUACAGGACCAACUCAGCGCCCUGCAGGAGAGUAUGAGGGUCCGGGCAGUGCGUCUCGUGAGUCAGCUGAAGUCAGCGACGGAGGAAAACACAGCGGAAGUGCGGGCGGCACUAGUGUUCCUGGUGGAGAACCUUCGUCAAAGGCGUGUCCUAGACGACCUGACGAGGCGGGCGAGGACGGCGCGGGAGGCAGCAAAGACGGCAAGUGACUUUGGUGACGUCGCCUCCAUCAGGGACACCAUCGAGGUCAUUCAAAGGGAGUUCCAAGAAGCUGCGAUCACAACCAGGGCGAGGGUGUGUGUCAGCAACCCUGCAUUGCCCUCGCCUUCCUUGUCCUCCUCUUCCUCUACCUCCUCUUCCUCGACCACGCCCAUAAGAUCCUCCAAAGCUGAAACGCCACGUGCUGCCUCCCAGGGUGAUCUUAAUUUCCCUCUGGAGAUGACACACGACAGGUCCUCGCCAGCCGCUCAGCCUCAAGUGCCAGACAAGCCCUCCAGACCCUCCACCACCUCACCGCCAGACUCAACCUCGCACCCCGCCUCCGCGCUCUCCCCUCCGGCUGCACUGGCCUCCAACCCUCCCCCGCCGAACGACCCAAACACGCCGUCGCCGCCUCCAGCAGACUCGGCCCCGCCCCCCGCCUGGCCGUCCCUGCUGUGCGGCGUGCUGAGCGGCAGCUGGACCUCCAGUAGGGUCAGCCUCGAGCCGCGGGGCCUGCACGUGUACACCCUCAGGACCAUGAAGGAGAAAAGUGACCUCUUCGUCAACCUGGACGUGAUGAUCGGCUUGAUGCCCCUGGAAGCCCCCGAGGUGUUUCUGGACCUGCACGACGGACGCGAGGCCCUUGGGAGGAUCUACAUCGCGCUGCAGGUCCACCUCCGCCGCGCCCAACAGUUCUUCUCCCUGUGCGUUGGGGACCGAGGACCUUCGUAUAGGAAAUCUGCCUUCCACUCUGUCCUACGAAGGAGUGGCGAGGGGGAGGGUCUGGUGGGUGGCGACUACGAAGGGAAGGCGGGCAAGGGCGGGGCAGCCAUUCUGAAGAGCGUGAAGACUGUAGAAGGCGAGGAAGAGGUGGCCAAGAAAUGUGAGAGGGGGAUGGUGGUCCGCGCUAGUCCCAAGGUGGAGAUGGCGGCACAGUUCUGUAUCAUGGUGCGGGAUGGGCCAAGAAACAGGCCCGUCGUUCCCUUCGGCCGGGUCACCAAGGGCAUCAGCGUGGUGGAGGAGGCGUGCAGGAGGCCAGCGCUGACCGUGGGCGUGGAGGAGUGUGGCUGGGUCUUGCCCGUGCAGUUAUAAGAGAAAGAGGACGGCUGCAGCGAAGGAGACGGAUGCGGAGGCACUGGGAGGACCUUUACAGCAUAACCCGGAUAUCUUCAAGGUUUUGUUAAAGUGUGAAUCGAUCUUCAAAGUAGUUUUAUGGAUGGCGUGGCGCCAUACAUUGGUUUAUGUUUCUUUGCCAGGAUGUUAAGCUAUUCCGAUGUGUUGAAGAUAAUAAAGAGCCGCACAAAAUAAGUUUCAGUGAGAUGGAGGUGAGGCGCAAGCCCGCAAUUUGGUUAGGACUAAAUGCACCAGCAGUAACAAGACUUGAGAUUUGAGUAGUUCCAUCCAGCAGGUUCGUGUCUUGCCGUAUACGUAGGGCUGUUUAUAGCGUCUUGAAAUUUUUCAUAUAUACUACGUAUUAAUGAAUUUUUGGGAUCACGGGUCGCAGUAUCAGACAACUGUAUCGUACAUAGUGUGUCAUGCACAAGCAUACACAGUUUGCAAUGGUACAGUUGUGUUUAGUUAUAAAGGGUCAUAAAGGAAGAUUAAAUUAUAUUAAUACUCAUAAACUUUCCGGGAUUUCCUCUUUACUGCCUACCGAAGUUGAGUUCAUGUGAAGAUAUUGAUAUAUAAUGUUUGCCUGGAAAAAAUAUAUAUAUAGAUUAUCUGGCAUGCUUUUACUGUGAGAUGAAAGUAUUAAAAAAAAAACGUAUUGGUAAAAAAAAUGCAAAUAGAGCGUGAAGACCCCAAUGGAAAUGAAAGAUUUAAAACAGUAUACGUGUAAAAUAAUUCGCGUCUGUUAAACAUUUAAUUAUCAUAUAAACAUUUUCAUCAACGCAUCAAGUGUCAUAAUUAUGUUCGUAUGUUUUAAUAAAGACGAAAUUAACUAAUAAUGAAA